CCGCCCCCGGGAGUUGGAGCUCAUUGAGGAAUUCUUCAUGGUACUUACUAGGCUGAGAACGGGAAUGGCUGGCAGGGAAAUGGCCCGCAAUUUUGGAGUACAUGAAGCGACGGUGAGCAGGCUGUUUACAACCUGGAUAAACUUCCUGCAGCGAGAGUUGAGUACACUGACACGGCUUCCAUCUCUGCACGAAAUUCAGAUGUAUCUGCCUCAUGCCUUUCGCUACUUCGUAAACACAAGAAUAGUUCUCGACGGAACGGAGGUGCGCAUCCAGAGGCCCUCUUCCCUGGCUGCCCAGAGGCAUACUUUUUCACCUUAUAAGCACUUUAAUACUUAUAAGGCGGUCAUUGGCUGCACCGCUGAUGGCUACGUUUCAUAUGUUUCCAAGUUAUGGGGAGGGUCAGUUUCAGACAGGCUGAUUGUAGAGGAGAGUGGGUUGUUAGGGCUAUUGGAGUCAGGUGACGCCAUUAUGGUGGAUAAGGGUUUCAAGCUUAAUAACAUACCAGCAGGGGUUCAGGUGCACAUCCCUGCUUUCAGAAAGCCGCAAGAGCCGCAAAUGCCAGAGGAGGACGUUGCGCACUCCCGCCGGGUGGCUAGUGCCAGAGUAAUUGUUGAGCGUGUGAUUGGGAGGGUAAAACAGUUUCACAUUUUGGAUCGUCCGUUCCCCAUCACAAUGAUCGGCAUUGCUAACCAGGUCUUUCAAGUUUGUUGUUUCUUAAGCAAUUUCCGGGAGCCACUGACUAGGGAUGACUAGUGUCACAGUCAAAACAUGUAAACUUCCCUGUGUAAAUACUUUAAGGCAAUGAAAAAUUUUGCGAAAAAACAAAUCACUUGCACGACUUAUUUAGCAUGCACGCUGAAUGAUGCAUGUUAAAUGGAUGCGAAACAAGAUUUUGGAUCUCGUAAAACAAGCCAGGUGCAAUAGGCGGGACAUUACAAACCCCCAUAACAUCACUCAUACCGCAAUAUUUCGAACGGAUGGCCGUAUUUUUAGGAAAGAAGGGAGCGAUUGAACGACGAAGGCAGGCAAGGCCUGUCAUGUUCAGAUCCUCAUUCCCCCUCCCCUUUGCCCCCUCGAGGAGGUAAACCGAACCGAGGAGCAGAGAAGGACGUCCGUUUUCUCUUGUUCUCAACCGUUCCCAGAGAAUGGCUACGUCGCAUUCUUUGCUCAGUCCUGCCCUUUUUGUCCAAAAACACGGCCAUCGGUUCGAGAUAUUGCUGUACGAGUGAUGUUUUGGCGUUCGUAGCGUCCUGUGAACACUUCUGCGGCCUUAUUUUGUGAAAUCCGAAUUUUGGUUCAGCAUUCCUUGAAAGACCCUGUGUUAGUAGUCAUUGUGCAAUCACUGUAACAUUAUAACUUCAUCACUCUGUCCAACCACGUUAGACCUAUUGUUUGUGGCACUUUCCCGAUUUUAGCAAUCAUAUUUACUAGAACAUACAUAAUUUCUGAAUGUAGGCCGACCCUUGUAUUAAAGAAAAAGAAAUAUCUGAGGCGAAAUACAAACUAAUUAAAUAUAAACGGACAGUCUGGCCACAUCAAGCUUCCUACCACUGCUCU